AUGCUAGAAACUAGACAUUUGACCGACGAAGACAUCGAGGAUUCUACUGACGAAGCAAGCAGCGAUGAAUUUCAUACCGAAACACGAAUUAUUCAUAAAAAAUGUUUUGAUUGUGGAAAAUUCAGGACAAAUUUUGCGUGGUGCCAAUCUUGUGAAACUACUAGGUUUAAGGAAAAUUAUUCAAAAUGGACAACUGGCAAUUUGCAACUUGAUUUAAUUAUACAGAAAAGCCAAGCUGAGGCGAAUAUAAGCGGUGAUUAUCUUGAAUAUAUUCAUUAUGAUCAAUUUGAACUGGUUGAAUUUCAUAAAGCUGGCGCAUUUAGUGAAAUCUAUUCUGCUAUUUGGUUGGAGGGACCUAAGUGGGAUUGGAACGAAAACACUCAAGCUUGGUCACGGGGUGGACCAAUAAAGGUCGCGCUGAAGAAACUUAAAAAUUCUCAAAAUUUGAGCAAACAAUUCUUGGAAAAUUUACGAAAAUAUCAUCAUUGUCUUCAAUCAGGCAGUGUAGCUGACACCUUUGAUAUCAGCUGGAAAGAUAAAAUCGAUUUAUUAUGGGGGAUUAGUGCUGGUUUGGAAAACAUUCAUCGUUCUAAUCUCUAUCAUGGAAAUUUACACGGUGGAAAUAUAAUGAUCGAAGAUGAAUCAAUCUCGACUGAUGGAAGAAUAGCUGAUAUAGGAAUUCAUGGAUCACAAUCAGUGCAGACCAUUGCUGGAGAUUUACGUAGCAAAAUCAUACCGAUACCGCACAUUAAAGUGCUAAUUCUAGAAACUAGACAUUUAACCGACGAAGACAUCGAAGAUUCUACUAACGCAAGCAGCGACGAAUUGGAUGAAUUUCAUACCGAAACACGAAUUAUUCAUAAAAAAUGUUUUGAUUGUGGCAAAUUCAGAACAAAUUUUGCGUGGUGUCAAUCUUGUGAGACUACUUGGUUUAAGGAAAAUUAUUCAAAAUGGACAACUGGCAAUUUGCAACUUGAUUUAAUUAUACAAAAAAGUCAAGCAGAAGCAAGCAGUGUAGCUGAUACUUUUGGUAUUUCAAAAGCUCCAGACGGAUUUUUUAUAAUUGUAAUGAAAUUCUAUAAAAAUGGUGAUUUAAAUCAAUACAUUGAAAAUGUCAAAGAUAUUAGCUGGAAAGAUAAAAUCGAUUUAUUAUGGGGGGUUACUGCGGGUCUGGAAAAUAUUCAUCGAUAUAAUCUCUAUCAUGGAAAUUUACACGGUGGAAAUAUAAUGAUCGAAGAUGAAUCAAUCUCGACCGAUGGAAGAAUAGCUGAUAUAGGAAUUCAUGGAUCA